CACAGCCAUCUGAGAAACAAGUUUUUUUAUGUUUUGAAAAAUGGCUUCUUAUAACUAUGUAUUUAAAAGUUUAGCGGUUUUAGCGGUUUGGGCACUUGCACUUAUCUUCUGCACUCAAGGCACCUUGGGAAGCAUUGCAUGUGAGAACUUAGACAAGGAGUCAUGCGCCUAUGCAAUAUCUUCAAGUGGGAAGCGGUGUGUGCUGGAGCAACGCGUGCGUAGAAGUGGCGAGGGAGCUUACACUUGCGGCGCGUCGGAGAUUGAGGCUGAUAAACUCAAGGACUGGAUUGAAAGCGACGAAUGUAUCCGUGCAUGUGGUCUGGAGAGGAACGUUCUUGGAAUCUCGUCUGAUUCUCUCCUCGAGCCACACUUCGCCACAAAGCUUUGCUCUACUCAAUGUUACAAUAACUGCCCUAACAUUAUCGAUCUUUACUUCAAUCUUGCUGCCGGUGAAGGAAUGUAUCUUCCGAAACUUUGUGAGUCUCAAGGAAAGAAUGCGCGACGUAGCAUGGCCGAGAUCAGAAGCUCCGGACUUGUUGCGGGCGGACCGGUGAGUGCGGGUAAGCUAAUGGUGGCAGAGGGACCUAAUGCUGUGGGUGAGCUGAUGGAGCAAGCAGAUGCACCAGAAGCUAGCACCAGCCUCGUAGUCCUGGAUUGUGGAACACCUUCGCCUGCAGCAUUUUGAGUUAUUAUGGUCAAACAUUAUUGAAAAAAUUAUAAUAAGGUUAAAAUUUCGGCAUUGCCGAUUUAUGUUGUCGUCCGUGUGUUUAGUUUGAUUCUUAGCACUAUAAUUUUAGCUUUAUAAUUGGGAGUUCUGAGUGGAGUCAAGACGAGUGUUGGCUGUUGUAGCCUGAAAGGGUCCUCAGGAGUUAUGCUUGCUUUGUUGAUAAAGAACAAAAAAGUAAUGUCAGCUUGGAAGAAA